CUCCUCCUAUCACGUGACACAACAAGGAAGUGAGCUGUGGACUUCCCCUGCCGGCUGCCUGUAGUUUUCUGUUCGACAGAACCAUGAAGACAAGAUAGUCCUCAUGUUCGUGUUUCAGCUGAAGAUGUUCGUGCGCUUCUUGGUCCUCACCUUUACUGCGUCUCUCCCUCACGCACGCGCAUCGCUGCCCCUGGUCGUGAACACCUGGCCGUUCAAAAGCGCCGCGGCUGCAGCGUGGAGCUGCCUGCAGUCCGGCGGCUCGGUGUUGGAUGCGGUGGAGCAGGGCUGCGCCCGCUGUGAGGCGGAGCAAUGCGAUGGCAGCGUGGGCUUCGGGGGGAGUCCAGACGAAAACGGGGAGACCACGCUGGACGCCAUGAUCAUGAACGGGAACACGAUGGAGGUGGGGGCCGUGGCAGACCUGAAGAGAAUCAAAAACGCCAUUGGAGUCGCACGAGCUGUGAUGGAGCACACGGACCACACCCUGCUGGUGGGGGAGUCAGCCUCCGUGUUUGCUGAAAACAUGGGCUUUGUAGCAGAAGACCUGAGCACCAACACGUCUGUGAGUAUUUUCUCACAGUGGCUGAGGGGAAACUGCCAACCUAAUUAUCGAAAGAACGUCAGCCCAGAUCCUUUAAAGUUCUGUGGACCCUACAGGCCAGAGGGUGCAGGGACACGGGGCAGCAGGGCACGGCUCGUAAAUGCUCUAUCCCAUGAUACCAUAGGAAUGGUUGCUCUGGACCAGGACGGACACGUUGCUGCUGGAACGUCAACCAACGGACUCACUCACAAGGUUCCAGGGCGUGUUGGGGACUCCCCCAUCGUUGGAGCCGGCGCCUAUGCAGACAGUUCAGCCGGAGCUGCAGCUGCAACCGGGGAUGGAGACCUCAUGAUGCGCUUUCUGCCCAGUUACUUGGCCGUGGAGCUGAUGAGGGCCGGGACAGAUCCCUCGGAGGCCUGCAAGACUGCCAUUUCCAGAAUCAAGAAACAUUAUCCCGACUUUUUUGGAGCCAUAAUAUGUGCCAACACUACAGGCCAUUAUGCUCCUGCAGAAGUCCAGCUCCUCCACUGCUGCUGACUCCGCCCCCUUCCUACAAGAGCUGAUUGAGGCACCCUCCCAACCAAUCCCUGAGCUGGGAGGGAAGCUUAAAAGAACCCAGGAAGCUCUGCUCCAGGGGCGGCUGAAUUCCUGAGUGGGGAAUUAGUUUCUCAGCCUGCCCCUGCUGUCUGCCUGGCCCAAGCCUUCUAGCUUCUGGUUUCCCCCUCUUUAGUUUGUUGUAUCUGUUAAUUUUGCUCUGGUGGUUUCUUUAGUUUGUUUUGGUGUGAUACUUAUGUUUGACUGUUUGGUGUUGCUGUAAAGCCUGAGAUCCUAAUUUGCUAUUAGUAUUCAUUCAUUUGGGUUUUGUGGUUUGAUUUAUCUUAUGUUGUGACUCCUGCCACCCGUCACUCCAUUAAACACUGUGUCUCAUUCUUAUCCCUGCCCGGUUAUUUAAUUAUUUUCUUUAUGUUGCACAUUUCUUCCUCCUUCCCAAGGAGGGACGUAACAGGCUCCUUCCUACUUUUGAUCAGUAGAAAACGAGUCCAAAUGGAUCUUUUACUGUUAAAGGUUGCUGAUCCCUGAGCUAGACAAAGAAAAAUAAAAAAAA